AGCAUAUUAAUUAAUAUGAGGGAAUCUCAAUUCAUGUAAUUCUAUACCAAGAAUACAGCAUUACAAAAAAAAUGAGUUCAAAACGACCAGAGCACUUAGCACCACCUGAAGCAUUUUACAAUGAAAUAGAAGCCAAAAAGUAUACUUCUAAUACUCGUAUGAUAGACUUUCAAAAUCAAAUGACCAAACGAGCUUUAGAACUACUUAAUUUACCUGCUGAUGAGCCAAGUUUUUUACUUGAUGUUGGGUGUGGUUCAGGUUUAAGUGGAGAAGUUUUGACAGAAAAUGGUCACUAUUGGGUUGGAUUUGACAUUAGCAAAUCCAUGCUUGAAAUAGCUUGUGAAAGAGAAGUAAAAGGUGAUCUAUUGGAACUUGAUGCUGGAAUGGGUGUUCCUUUCAAACCAGGAACAUUUGAUGCAUGUGUCAGGUAUUUUUAGUCUGAGAUAUACUAUUUUUAAUUGAU